GAAAGAACUGGCGUUAUGAAACCCUUGCGGCAAUACAAAACCCUGAAAGCAGAAAACUGAAGAAUAAGCAGACAAACACCAAAAAGUUCAAAAAAAAAAUUGAAGAGCGACCGUAAGCUGUGUAAUGGAGAAGGAACAAGAAUCAAACCCUAACCCAAUUUCAUCAGUUGAAUGUGAAGAGUGCAAGUUAAAUCCAUGGAAGUAUAAAUGCCCAGGUUGCUCUAUACGUACUUGUAGUCUCCCUUGCGUCAAUUCCCACAAGCAAAGGACUGCUUGCAAUGGCAAAAAAUCCCUCACUGAAGUUCUCCCUCUUUCUCAAUUCGACGAUAACAUCCUUUUAUCAGAUUAUAAUAUGCUUGAGGAUGUUAAAAGGUUUGCUGAAUCUGCAAGAAGAAUGAGACAGAGGCUAUGUGGCUACUCUCGUUUUAAGCUUCCUUUCCCUCUUAAAAACCUUCGUAGAGCUGCAGACAGUCGCAGAACUAAAAUACACUUUCUGUCCAGUGGAAUGUCAAAGAGGGAGAAAAAUCAAACUUAUUACAACAACAGGAAUAAAUUCAUAUCUUGGACAAUUGAAUGGCGGUUUAAUUCAACAGACGUUGUCUUGAUUGACCACGGAGUGCAUGAAAACACAAGCCUCAUCUCUGUGCUCGAGACUCAUUUGAAACCUGGCCCGUGGAAUCAUCCACUGAAGCAAUUUUGUGAAGAGCCUUUGGACAGUCUUAAACUUUUCAUUCGCAAACAUUCAAAGGGGUCGAAAUCACCUUUUUGUGAGUUGAUUUCAAAAGCUCCAUUGCGUGAGCAACUAGCCAAUAAAGCUAUUCUGGAGUACCCUGUGAUUCAUGUUUUUCUGCCAUCACACAACUAUGAUUUUGAAGUAAUCAAAUCUUCCGUUCCUCAAAAAGUUGAGCGAAAAGUGCUGCAUUGCAGUGAUAGUCCAAGUCCCAAGGGAGCGAUGUUCAGGGAGGAGGAUAUAGGGGAUGAUGGAUCAUCAGACCCACACAUUUCAGAUCUCUUGAGUUUUGACAGGUUAAAUACAACAUUCCAGACCUCUAACAAGUCAUCAGACGUGUUAUCAGUUGUCGAGGAGGACACUGCAUCUGUACUUGGUGAUACAUUGAUAAGUUUUGAUUCACAAGUUAUGUCAACGAAAGAGAUGGACCCGAUUGGAGAAAAGUAUUGGUCAUUGCUGGGUGACAUUUUACCAAUGGAAGAUGAAUUAGAGGAAGGAGAGAUAGCUCCACUUUAAAUUCGUCGUUGCCUUAAGCUGAUUAUGUUGUCUACCCCACGUGUUGAGUAAAAUGGUUUGCUUUAAGCUCCAGUAUCUUGAGUUUUGGUUUCUCCCGUCGAGAUGUGAAAGAUCCACCGGAGAGUGGCUUGACCAUCGACUCAACUCAACGUGGAGAAAAGGUUAGGAAUCUGUCAAGCUAAGAUACAGAAUGCAGCUUCAUAGAAGCAGUGUACCCAUUGUAGUUCAGUUAGCAGCAGCAUUUAACGUUGCUGGUGCUAGAUGAUAUCACUUGAGCAUUGUAUUUAAACAAAACUAUAGCCAAAAGUUUCUCAUUCACAAUAUUUGAUAAUUUUAAGAUUAGCAGAAGGUUUACCAAAUUAAACCAAUUAUGUCGGUUUCUUAAAUCUGUAAUUUUAAUCAAAAGGGUCUCAAGUUUUUUA